GGCACGCGCACAGACUGGCGGCGCGCUCCCGGCUCUGACACGUGCGCAUGUUUACGUUCCUCUCGCGGUCGUGACGUCACCGCCGCCGGCCCGCUGCUGCUGCUGACAGCUUUGCUUUGUUGUCCCUAUCGUCCUGAGAAAGAAAGAGAGAGAGAGGCCGCCGCGGGCAGAGGAAUCAGAUCGGGGAGGGCGAGAGAAGCCCGGGAGGCUAUGCGGUCGUCGGUGAUGAGGCGAGCAGGGGGGCAGCGGGGUAGCUGCCCGGUGACUGUCAACAAAGCGCCGCAUCACGUGACCGCCAAGCGAGGCCGCUGAUGACAAGAACAACAAUAGGGGCCAGUGGAAGAGAGAGAGAUCCGGCCGCAGCAGCCACCGAGCGCAGCAUCAGCCACAGGGAUCCCUCCGCCGCCAGCCAGCCAGCGCGCAGGCACACGGCUAGUCCGGCGAGGAGGCAGCGGUGGAUGAGCGCCGGGGGCCCCGGGCAGGUGAUAUGUCGUUCAGCCUGGAGGACACGCUGGAGGCGGACUGGGUGGCCGUGAGGCCCAACGUAUUCGAGGAGAGGGAGAGGCACAAGUUCGUCUUCAUCGUGGCGUGGAACGAGGUGGAGGGCAAGUUCGCCAUCACCUGCCACAACCGGACCGCUCAGCGCCAGCGCAGCGGAGACAAAGGCUCCAGCCCGGGCCGGCAGGGGGCGGGAGAGGGCAGCCCGACCCGGCAGGGGGACACCGCGCAGGCGGGGAGCCCGGCCCGGGAGCCGGAGGAGGAGUGCAGCUGGGCCGGCCUCUUCUCCUUCCAGGACCUGCGGGCCGUGCACCAGCAGCUGUGCUCCAUAAGCGGGGAGCUGGAGCCAUGCCUGCCCGCCUUCCCCGAGGAGCCUUCCGGCAUGUGGUCCGUGCUGUUCGGGGCCCCGGAGCUGGGGGAGCAGGAGGUGGAGGAGCUGUGCCGCCGGCUGCAGCUCUACCUGGGACAUGCGCUGGACUCCUGCGGCUGGAAGAUCCUCUCCCAGGUGCUGUUCACCGAGAGCGACGACCCGGAGGAGUACUACGAGAGCCUGAGCGAGCUGCGGCACAAGGGCUACGAGGAGGUGCUGCAGAGAGCCCGGCGGAGGCUGCAGGAGUUGCUGGAAAAACACAAAGUGACUGAAAGCAUGACUGACUUACUGGAGCUGUACCAGAUGGAGGAUGAAGCUUACAGUGCUGUUGUAGAAGCCACUACUGAACUAUAUCAAUACCUGUUACAACCGUUCCGAGAUAUGAGAGAGCUUGCUAUGUUAAGGAGACAACAGAUUAAGAUAUCCAUAGAAAAUGAUUAUUUGGGCCCCAGACGGAUUGAGAGCCUGAAGAAGGAGGAUGCUGAUUGGCAGAGAAAAGCUCACAUGGCUGUACUGUCUAUUCAAGACCUAACUGUUAGAUACUUUGAAAUAACCGCAAAAGCCCAGAAAGCUGUGUUUGAUCGAAUGCGAGCAGACCAGAAGAAGUUUGGGAAGACCGCAUGGACGGUGGCAGUGGAACGCGUGGAGAAGCUUCAGUAUGGGGUUUCUAAAGAGACUUUACAGCUGAUGCGUGCAAAAGAAAUUUGUCUUGAGCAAAAGAAACAUGCACUAAAAGACGAGAUGCAGAGUUUACAUGGCGGAACAGAAGCAAUAGCCGUGUUAGACCAAUUAGAGGCGGAUUAUUACGAUCACCAGCUUCAGCUAUAUGAAGUACAGUUUGAGAUUCUCAAGUGUGAGGAGCUGUUAUUGACCGCUCAACUGGAAAGCAUUAAGCGGCAAAUCUCAGAGAAAAGAGAUGAAGUGGUUUACUAUGAUACAUAUGAAAGUAUGGAGGCCAUGCUUGCAACUGAAAACAUGGCAGCCUCUAUCCAUUUACAGAGGGAAGAGUUGCAUAAACUUCAGCUAAAAGUUCGACAACUUGAAGCAAAACGUGGCCGAAUCUCAGCCAAGAAAGCCUACCUCAGAAACAAAAAGGAAAUCUGUAUUGCUAAGCACAGGGAAAAGAUACAGCCACGUCUCCAUGGUGAUGAGGAAUAUAGCGUACAGCACGCUGCACAAGUGCAAGAGAAGCUACAGGAUGAAGAAGAGCGAAAAAGCACUUGGUUUAGUCAGGAGCGACAGAAAACCUUGGAUAGACUGCGCACGUUCAAGCAGUGCCAUCCUGGGCAAGUUAUACUAAAAUCUACAAGAUUGCGUUUGACUGAUGGCAGAAGAAAAACCACAGCAAGAAUUGCCCCCAGCAUUGGUGAACCACAGCCCCUCUCUCUCAACAUGCAGACAAAGGGGAUACGCAACGUGGACAUGCCGGGAAAGUUGCAGACAUUAGACGUUCAUAAGCUUGAAGGCCUAACACAACUUGAAGAUAAUUCACUAUCCUGUGACGUAGUUACUUCCGAACUUCCGAAAACAAGUUCACUCCCCACUUUCUCUCAUGAAAAUCUCGAAAUUCAUGCUGUCCAACCCCAUUCACUCCCCAUGUCCUCUCCCCCACCUCCUCCACCCCCUCCACCACCACCUCCACCACCUCCAAAAGAUGAAGCAGAUCUUUUAGAAAUCAGAGUUAUUCACGUGAAGAAGGAGACAGAGGACACUGCAACCCAGAUAUCUGGAACUGUCCCUUUGUCACAAUUAUUUGACAGCAAUCAGCUUCUCAGUGCCAGAAACAAGCUGAAGAAGACUGGAGCGCUGGAGGGGAUACAGAGGAGAAGAGUGAGCUCACCAAUGGAUGAAGUCCUGGCUUCCCUAAAACGUGGCAGCUUCCAUCUGAAAAAGGUGGAGCAACGAUCGCUGGCUCCUUUCCCUGAUGAGGAUGAAAGCAAUAACAUAUUGGCACAAAUCAGAAAAGGUGUAAAAUUGAAGAAGGUGCAGAAAGACGUUUUAGGAGAAUCCUUCACACUUCUGCCAGACACUGACCCCCUGACACGCAGCAUUCACGAAGCACUUAGGCGAAUUAAGGAAGCAUCACCUGAAUCAGAGGAUGAAGAUGAGAGUUUGCCAUGCACAGACUGGGAAAACUAACUGGUGAGUCACAAGAACCACUGGGAUAGCUGAACUGCAGCAGUUUGGAGGGGAUCAUAUUUAUUGGUGCAUGAAGAAAUGGCAGACCAGGAAGCAGAUACUUCUGGCACAUUAACAGAAGACUUUCUACUAAUAAGAAAUGUCCUAGAAAUGGUAGCUGGGGUUGAAGCAAAAGUUAUAGUAUAUGUGAUUCUUUCAAUCGAGGCGGAUUAUAUGAGCUUUGCCCUGCUUCCAAAAGCACCUUUUAUUUACAUAUGUACCCUAAUGGCCAGUUUAAGGGUUUGGUCAGUUGUUUUAUUUUUUAUGGCAAAUGCUUUUCAUUUUUAUUUUUUUGAAGUUGCAGUUUACGACGGACAUCUAUGACAUUGAUAUCACUGGAUGCACUGAAUCCAAUUUGCUUGAAUGAGGAUGACUAGAACUGACCUUUUUCAGCAACACUAUUAGACCCUGCAUUGCCCAGAAGUAGAGUGCAUCAAGGAUUCAAGGGAAUGCAGGAAGACCACAGUAGAACAAAUGUUCUUUGACCAUGCGACCAAGAUUAGGAGACUACCAUAAACGGAAUAUCAUCCCCAUGUCUUCUGAGGAUAAUUGUAGGUUUACCUAAAAGUAGUUGGGCAAGAGGAAUGGCAAUGUGUUCAUUGUCUUUCACCCUGCUGUACUGUUGUGGUGGUCGGAGAAUGUCUUCUGUACUCUGUAACAAAUAGAUCUAGCUGCUCACUUUUGCUAUAAUCCUAGUAAUUGACUAUUUGCUAUAUAUUAAGGGGCAUUUAGUCAUUUUACUAAUUUUUUUGCAUUUUUAUUAUUUAUGUUUGAUGGCUUUUAUUUUGUUUCUUUAAUUAUUUUAUGCAAUAUGUUUGGACUUCCUGUCAGGGUUUCUGAAGGAAAACACAAACGUUCUAUUUAUACAUUGAUCACAAAGGCUAGUAUUAUUUUCUGCGUGGAUGUUUUAUCUUAUUUGAAAUGGUUGUUUGGCAUUGUGCAUGCCAUGUCCAAUUUAUUGGUUUCUAGUGAGAGAAAGGUUUCUCCUAAUAUUUCCUUUUUAUGAGCACAGAGCCACCUAAUUUUAUUUACACGGUCUAGUUAUUGAGUGUAUUCAUGGGUUUAGGCUAAUAAACUUCAACUCUGGCUGCUCAGCUCACCUCAUAUAUAGGAGUCACAGGAACACAAUGUACUUAAUUUUGAUAAAACCAAAAAAAAAAAAAAAAUUCUUUUUCAUAGAUGUUGAGCUUUGAAAUACUGCAGUCUAACUUUGCGAUCUGCGGACGCAAUGCUCACCUGAGUCCGUUUCCUCCAGGAGUACAUCGCAUGCCCAGGUAUAAAUCAGUGACUUAAAGCCUGUGCAGUUACGGAUGGGCAUUGGUUGAAAACCAAAUCCAAUGUUUUUUUUCUUUUGGGGUGUUCCCCAUAUAUGAUGGGUUAUAAAGCUAUUUUACUCUACAAUAAGAAUAUUUUUUUGUACUAUUCACACUAUGAAAUAUUCCCUAAGAUUGGUAUUGGAGGUGAGGUAAGCAGAAAGAUUGCGGAAAAGUUGAAGUGAAGAUUUUAAACGUGUAUAGAUUUAUUUUAAAAUAUAUCCACUUGCAAUUUUUUUUACAUGAUAUCUCCAAAAACAUAACCUAUGCAAGCAAUUUUUUCACAAGCUCAUAACACUAUCUAGCACUGUGUAUGCUGUGGGAACUGCAUUCUUCAGCAUUCAUUUAUCUGUCAACACUAAUUCUGGAUUCCUGUGGUUGGAGCAUAGAGAUGAGAUACUCAUCAGUGAUGGGUUGGCUGUGAGCUUUUGCAUUCUUUUUUCAUAUGUUAGGUUCCUCCUGUGCAUGGCACUAUGGGAGAGGCUCAAGGAUCUUUCUCCCAAAUUUGCAAAGGGGAUAUCUUACGUUGCUGGACAAGAGGCUCUUAGUGAACAUUUGGUACAAUAAAACAUUAGAACAGCUAAUUUGACAGGUGAACUUCUUCUAGCAGGCUUAGACAUCGUGUGGCUCUCGGUGGAACUAUAAAUUGGAGCAUGCCCUGUCUUAAUAGGGUGUGUCCGCAGGCUUCACACCAGCUGGAGAGUCACAGGUUGCCUUCCGCAGAUUAUGAGGUUUUAAUGCAAAGUUAAAGAAUUAUUUAUUUUGUCUGACCAUAAGAAUAUAACCUAUGUAAAACAAUCACCAUUCCAGUAACUAGUUCUAAGCUGCUUCAGAUAAUGCAUGAGAGAUAUCAAAGUACGUAUCUCUUAAAAAGAGAUCUGCAAGGAAAAAAAAAACCAAGCACAACUCCAGAUAAUAUGGAGUCUUGUCUAUAUUUUGCUUCUUUAAGUGAUAUUAUACAUUGUUUGCACAUAUUAUAUGUUUUAGAAGUACAUUUUGGAAUACUUGUGCCUUUUUUAAAAUGCCUGCAGGACCCCUUGUUCUAUUUUCUAGCACUAUGGUAAAAGGUGAUAUGAACCGAAACUGCAUUAUACAGGAUGUGACCCUUUUUCGACAGUAAUCUCCUUAUCCCUGCAUGUAAGUACAUCUUUAUUAGGUAAGUUUUCUGUGUGUAAUCAGGAGAGGGAAAGGUAAUACUCCACCAAGGUAUUGUAUAUUAUGGCUAUUAAUAUUUUUAGAUUUAUUACUUUUUUGAAUGUUUUUUUUUUUCCUAAUUCCUAAAAUAUACUACAGAAUCAUUUUGUUCAUGACCAUAGGAUUAAGGGACGUGUUCACUUAUCAUAUUCUUUCAUGUGAAGCAAAUCUGGUCCAGGGAUUCCCGUUUGUGGCUGGUUGGGUGACUUUGGUGUAAGGCUGGACCACUGAAAUGUGUUGGCGGCUGGAUGCCAUUUUCCUGCAAGCGGCCUGGAGUCACUUUUUAUCAGUGGGAUUCAGCCUGUGUGUACAUUGUGCUCACAUAAAUGCAUCUCCACUAAAGUGUAAAGUAGUGAUGGUCUUUAGUAGGGAGCAAGCUUGUAGAGGAGGAGACAAAGGGGGUCAUUCCGACCUGAUCGCACGCUGCUGUUUUUCACAGCGCAGCGAUAAGGUCACUACUGUGCAUGCGUAUUCACCGCAAUGCGCAGGCACGACGUAUAGGUACAAAGCGGAUCGUUGCUGUGCAAUGGAUUUAACGAAGAAUCCAUUCGCACAGCCGAUUGCAAGGAGAUUGACAGGAAGAGGGCGUUUCUGGGUGUCAACUGACUGUUUUCUGGGUGUGUUUGGAGAAACGCAGGUUUGUCCAAGCGUUUGCAGGGCGGGAGUCUGACGUCAAUUCCGGGACCGGACAGGCUGAAGUGAUCGCAAGGGCUGAGUAAGUUCUGAGCUACUCAGAAACUGCACAAACUAUUUUUGUACGGCUCGGCUGCACAUGCGAUCGCACCCUUGCACAGCAAAUAUACACUCCCCAGUGGGCGGCGACUAUGCGUUUGCACGGCUGCAAAAAGUAGCUAGCGAGCGAUCAACUUGGAAUGACCCCCAGAGUUGGAUUAGUGAGGAUGGGAGGGGGGAGGGAGGGGGAGGAAGGAUGAAGACGAGCAGUUGGGAUACUAAGAAAGUGCAGGUUAAGCAGGGAGAGGAUAAAAGGUGGCUAGUGGGUGGGGGAGAGAUGGAAAGCAGAGGGUGAGGUGAGAGAGCUGGGACAGUCAUAUUUAUUAUGAUUAGAUUGCUCAAUUCAGGAUUGUCUGCUUCAAUCCGUUGCAUAAUGAUAUGAUUAUGGAAAAAUGCAGUUUGACUCAUUCCAUAAGCUUGUUGCGUCCGUUACAAUCCCCCCACACUCAUGAUUUAUAAAAGUGAUAUUUGGUGCGUUAGUUGCAGUUCCUUAUUUAUGUGGAAAUUGGAAACAAUUUUAGAUUGUAAUAUGGAUUUACUGUUGUACAUACCUAGAUCCCAUAUUAAAAUAACUAAAAUGUAGAGAGACCUACACUAAAUGAUAACAUUCCAAAUGUUGCAUCUGUUAUAAUAGGGUGACCCUAUUAUGUUUUUUUUGAUACCAGUUUUAGGGUUUGUAACCUUGUGAGCUUUCCCUGCAUCUACGAUACAGUCGCUCACCAAGCCAUGCACGUAGUUCACUGCUGAAGUUCAGUACUGUGUAAUAGGGUUUAUUGAACGCUAUGAAGAAAGUGUUGGCUGUGUACACACGACCAGCAAGACUGAACAGUGAACUGACAUGGGGACGCUAUGUCCUCCCUUCCUUCCAGAUUUAGCUUUGACAGCUCAUGUGUACCUUCAGCACACUUUGCACUGGUCCGGACAAAGGGGGUCAUUCCGAGUUGAUCGCUCGCUAGCAGUUUUUAGCAGUCAUGCAAACGCUAAGCCGCUGCCCUCCGGGAGUGUAUUAUAGCUUAGCAGAAGAGCGAACGAAAGGAUCACAGAGCGGCUACAAAAAAAAAAUGUGCAGUUUCAGAGCAGCUCCAGAGCUACUCCUAGCUUGCGAUCGCUUCAGACUGUUCAGUUCCGGAUUUGACGUCACAAACACGCCCUGCGUUCGCCCAGCCACGCCUGCGUUUUUCCUGGCACGCCUGCGUUUUUACAAACACUCCCUGAAAACGGUCAGUUGCCACCCAGAAACGCCUCUUUCCUGUCAAUCACUCUGCGGCUGGCAUUGCGACUGAAAAGCGUCGCUAGACCUUGUGUAAAAAUACAUCGGUUAUUGUGAAAGUACGUUGCCCGUGCGCAUUGCGCCGCAUGCGCAGAAGUGCCUUUUUUUUGCAUCAUCGCUGCGCAGCGAACAUUUUUAGCUAGCGAUCAACUCUGAAUGACCCCCAAAGUUUUUGCAGUGUACAUUGAAUGCAGCAGAAAUGUAUCCCUGAUGCAGGAGCGUUACCCAUGUCUCUAGGCUGGAACUCCAGUCUAAUGGCACCAGUGAUCAGUGCUCUGCAAUUAUCCUUCCCAGUGCUAGCACGUGUGACGUACCAAAUACUUCCUAGUUAUUGCUUGUAUGUGUGACUUAGUCCACAUAUAAACAUUACGUUCUAAUUUGGUAUAAAUAAGUGUUUGAAAGUGCACAUGCAGUUGUUCCUUGCACAUACAUAUAGGGGACAUAAAACUGUUUUGGUUUUGUUAACACUAUUGGCAAGUUUUGUUUUACGUACCUGUCAGGAAACAAGUCUAUGUGGCGAGUUUUAUACAUCAUCACACUAUUACCCAAUCUUUUAGAUCAAUCUUUUAACUCAUCACACUUCAUUUAGGAUUGCUUCAUCUGUUUAAUUGUGCUUUAUUACCGGAGUAAAUUGAAAAUUUGUUUCUAGAGCUAUUUUCGUUGAGUAGAUUACAGUACAUCAGUAAGAACAGCUAGGUCAAGCUUGUGUUUUGGGAAUAAAUGAUCAGUUCAAAAGAGAAGCAGAUCUUUGAUGGUGUAGAACUGUUCUUUAAUUCAUGUCCUGAUAUGACUGCAUUCACUUGAAAAAGGUGAUUAACUUGUCACCCAGUUUUCUAGACCUACAUUAAGGAGCUUCCUUUCCUGCUCAUAGAAUCGUGACCGUAGAGAUUUAUGUUCCAGUGAGAAUGUUUUGAUCACAAGUACUGACAAACAAACUGAUGAACGUUGGUCUGCAAAUUAAUUGGAAUAAAGCUUCUUCUUUUUUUGGGGUG